CCCACUCUCUCUCCCUCUCACGCUCUCUCCCUGUCAGUUGACGCAAUGGUGGAACUGUGCGAGGGCAAGAUGGCAGAGCUCGAGGUGUCUGUCCCCCUGGCGCAGUUUGACACGGACGAAUGGGCUGAGUUCAGUGAUUUCCAGUCCUCGCAAGACCCGAACUGCAACGACAACACCCAAAACCUGACCACGGGAACGUCUGACCCGAACGACAACAAUGAUUUCCUGGAUAACAUGUCCGACACCACCGAUACGUUCAAGGAUUCGUUCUCGGCCUCGCUGGAAGACCUCGUCAACACCUUCGACGAGAAGAUCACCAAGUGCUUCUGCAACUACGAGGACCAGGUGGAGAAGUUCGCGCCCGUGCAAGUUCGAACCCAGGAGGAGAUCAUGAACGACUGCCAGUAAGUGUUGCUGUUGUUGUCGUUGCUGUCGCUGCUGCUGUUGUUGUUAUGGGAGGAGGGCGGAGGUAAGUGCGUGAUUAUAUUUACCUGUUGUAACCAGAAGACAGGUAAGACAACACCUGGAGGAGGAGGAGGAG